CUCUCUCUCUAUUCCAACCGACAAUUCAUUUUUCGUUUAGCCCUUCAAACUUCAAUAGAGUGCUGCUAUCAAAAACCGUAAAAACUCAACUACUUCCUCCUCACCCUUUUUUUUUUUUUUUUUUUUUUUUUUUCAAAAUCCCAGACAGUCCACUCUUCUUGGACUCCUUCUAAGCCCAAAGCCCUAGAUCUCUUUCUCUCUCUUCUCUUCUCUCUCUCUCUCUCUCUCUCUCUCUCUCUCUCUCUUUCUCCUCCUCCUAUGGCUGUGGCCUCAGCGACCGGUGAGGUGAUGAUAAUGGAUCCUUCGCCUUCCAGAUUAGCCUCUGAUGCCGCCUCCGGUUCCUCUUCACCACCUCAAACUUCAUUCGCCGGCGAAUUGUCCGAUCAUUCUUAUCCUCCUCCAAGUUCUUCUCCCAACCAUCAGAAAGACCCCGAAGCUCAGGCUCUAAUGAUAUUGAGAAGUGAAGAAUAUAGGCAGUUGUUUCGUCUUCCUUCCGAAGAGGUUCUUGUUGAAGAUUUUAAUUGUGCAUUCCAGGAGAAUAUACUUAUUCAGGGCCAUAUGUACCUGUUUGUUCACUAUAUUUGCUUUUACUCUAACAUUUUUGGGUUUGAGACAAAGAAAAUAAUCCCAUUUCAUGAAGUCACAAGUGUACGAAGAGCAAAGACAGCAGGAAUCUUCCCCAAUGCCAUAGAAAUUUCAGCCGGAGGCAAGAAGUACUUUUUUGGAUCCUUUCUGUCCCGUGAUGAAGCUUUCAAGCUCAUUAAUGAUGGAUGGUUGCAACAUAGUAAUGGUGCCAAAGCAAUUGCAGAGCAGCAGGAAUCAACAUCUCCGACCAGCAGCCCAGGGCAUGGAAUUGUAAUUGAGAAAGUCCAGAGCUUCAAGCAAUCAAUUGACGAAUCAAACUCUACUGAUAGGAAUACAGAUACCCCUAUUUCAGAAGAUUCUAAGCUUGCGCCCAAUGCCGAACAUGACACUAUGCCAACAACCCUUCCCAAUAUGCAGGAGAAUGUUGUAGGGGAUGUGAUUCCAGUUCCGAAUACAGACCUUUCAUCUUCAAGCAAGACCGAAUUAUGGAAGGAGGAGGACUAUGAUGCUCCCAAGCUACCAGAUGUUUAUACAAAGGUCUCUGAAUCAAAAUUUCCGAUAAAAGUAGAGGACUUCUUUAAUUUCUUCUUUUCAGAUGAUGCCGUUGAUUUUAUUGAAUCGUUUCAUAAGAAAUGUGGAGACAAAGAAUUUCGGUGCAGUUCGUGGUAUCCUCAUGACAAGUUUGGGCAUGCUCGUGAUGUAUCAUUUCAACAUCCAAUAAAGAUAUACUUUGGUGCAAAGUAUGGUAGCUGUCAGGAGACACAGAAAUUUCGAGUUUAUAGAAACAGUCAUUUGGUUGUUGAGACAUCACAAGAAGUCAGUGACGUACCCUAUGCAGAUUAUUUCCGCGUUGAGGCAAUUUGGGAUGUGGAAAGAGAUGCUGAUGAAUCAAAAGAAUGCUGCUUUCUUCAGGUGUAUGUGAAUGUGGCAUUUUCAAAGAGAACAGUUUGGAAAGGAAAAAUAGUGCAGUCUACCUUGGAAGAAUGCCGAGAUGCUUAUGCAAUUUGGAUGAACAUGGCACAUGAGUUGUUGAUGAAGAAGAAACUUGAAAAACGAGAAGAGGGAGAUCCUGUGGCUAAUUUGGUUCAGAAUGGUGAUAUUCCUUCUGAAAGUGAAGCGAAGGGUGGGAAAACUUCUGAAAGGUUACAUGAACCUAGUAGCGAGCAUACAAGGUUGGCACAGAUGUCUGUUUCCACGGAUGUUAAUCAGCAAUUUGGUGAUUUGCAAGGAAAUUCGAUUGGGGCUUUCUCAUUUGCAUCUUGGUUCAGAGAAUCUAUGAAAAGAUUCCAUUCCUCCUUGAAAAAUCAAGGGAAUCUUUCCCUCAUCAUAAUUGUCAUCUUUGCUGUGAUUUUCUUAAUGCAGAUGAGCAUACUUGCGCUAUUAGCUAGACCCCAACACAUCCAUGUGCACUCUCCGGCGGACUACUUAAAUGGCAUGGGCGGCGGAGUGGGUGCAAAAUCAUCAGAAAGCAUGGCUUGGCUGGAGAAGCGAAUUCAUCACCUCAAGGAUGAAAUGUACAUGGUUGAGUCUCGGCUUGAGAGGAUGCGGCAUGAACAUUCUAUUUUGAAAUCUCAGCUUGAAGAUCUUAUACAGCAUUCUAGUAAGCAAAGAUAGCAUCUUGUUCCCUUUUUUUGUUUUUUUACAUUUAUCUCAUUCUUGUGAUGGCAAAUGUACUAAUAUUAUUCUUUAUAGCUUGUGUUCUUGUAAUUAAAAAUAUAUAAAUAAUAGAAAGUGUUCUUCAAUGCUGAAAAGAAUAAAGAUGACCCUGACGGUUUUGAUUGAUUGUGA